CAAAACUAAAAAAAAUCUGUCUUGUCUCGUUCGUCUCGCUCUGGAUCAGCUACGACUCUGGAAAAAGAAGCUUGCGCAUGAGGCCUACCUCGACCUUUCGUGAAUCAAAGGCAUAUUUAACUAGUUUGUUCUUUGUUUUGUAUUUAAAACCAGUCUAUUGUAGUUCGUUUUCGACCUUUUUUAAGAAUAUGUCGAAAUUACUGUUAUUUUAUGACAACAUUUUGGUUUUUACGGGACUAUGCAAAAAUCCUCGGUCUCCAGUAUCAAGCGAUCAGUGUUCUUUUCAGUACUUCAACUGGGAAAGUCUGGGGAAAGCCUGCGGUGUUAAAUUACAAUACCCGUGAAAUACUUUACCUUAAUUCAAACGGAAAAGCUUGAAAUACACGUUUUCAGAGCAAACGUCGCUAUAAUUUGUAAUGUAAAUGGAUGAUUUGUCUGAAUUAGGGACGAGAUUGGAAGGCCACGUUUAACGCAGUAACACAGCCUGGCUUUGGCGAUUCUAGCUGUGACAGAGGAACACAGUUCUCAAGUUCCCACUGGGAAGCUGUUGUAGAUCAGCUCUCAACAAAAACAAAAAAACAGCUCUGCGAAGCGCAAGAAUUAUAAAUGCCCAGACUUCUGCAGAGACCAUAUCACGGUAAAUGCUGCACGACCAAUGCAGACGUCAGAAUGACCACGCAGCCCCUUAAAUGAGAGAGGGAGAAGAGAGGGAGCCGUUACUCCACUUUGACACGAGAUUCUGGACCCUUAUUUAAACAUCCUUCCUGUCUGCGACGGAAGGCCAGAGCGAAUGGCCGCCCACCUGACGCCUUUGUGGAGCGACUCCACUUCCUGUUCCCCUUUUAAGACGACCCCUGACCUUUAAACCUGAGAUCAACACCUCUGGACUUACCACUUAAGCAGACGCGCGCGUGCGCGCGCACACACAGCGGCGCGCUCACACAGACCGAGGGAGAGAGAGCCCGAGAGAGCGAGCAAGAGAGAGAGGGGAGAGGGAGAACACAUCACAGCAGAGGUGCAGCAGGAGGUUUCCCGAGGUUUUGAGGGCUGGUCAUGGUGCCUCAGCCGGAGGUGUGCGACCCUCUCCACGCGAGCCUCUUCCUGCUGCGCCUGAACAAGCAGCACCUGGCCGCCGGGCCCACCCUCUUCUGUGACGUCAACCUCGUCGCCCCCAGCACCGCCUGCAGCCAGUACUUCCGCCAGCUGCUGCUGUCGACGUCUUCCCCACCGCCUUUGGAUCCGGUAUUGGACACCCGUCAUCAACCCCCUCUUCUGGGGGGCUGAGCGAGUCCUGGAGCUGCCUCACCUCCAGUCCAGAGUGCUGUCCAACCUGCUCGACUUCAUCUACACCUCCCACGUCCUCCGCCGGGACGACAAGGGGAAAAGGCUUCUCUCAGAGGCGGGCCUCAGCCUCGGGGUGCCCUUCUUGACCCACCUGGUUAAAGAAGAGGAGGAGGAACCAGGGGAGAUGAAGGGUAAAAGCAGGCAGGGCCGAGGAGGGGAGGCCAUGAUGGAGGACGGGGCAUGCGGCCCAGAGAACGCUAAGAUCACCCUCAGCUUCCCCCUCAGUGCCGCCCUGCCCGCCGCCCUCACAAUUCACAACCACCGCUCCUCCUCGGCCAUGUCCUCCCCUCGCUGCCGACACUCCUCCUCGGGCUCCAAGGGGUCCAAUGAGGGGUCGUCAUGGAAACUGGCCUCCGGCGCCACCACGGACAAACGGCGGCCGUUUAAACAGCCCCGACAUGACAGCUCUCCAUGCUCUUCCUCCUCCUCCCAUUCCUCUUCUUCCUCUCCCAUGGAUCUUACCGCACUGGUCAAAAAGGACACCAAAUCCCCCCCACCUCUUUUCAAAGCCGGUCUGGACUCCCAGUUCCACAGGUUCACCCCUAGGUCCUCCAAUGGGCCUAUAGUGGGUUACCCAGGGGAGGGUCACAGACUGACCAAUGGCACAGCCUCCCCCUCAGACACUGCACAGAUCCUGUUCAACCUGAGCGCUGUGGCCUAUCAGAGCCAGGGGAGGCAGGGCACAGAGAGAAAGGAGAAAACAGGAAAACAAGGAGGGAGGGUGGGCAGCCCACAAGUUGGACCAAACCUCCACCCGCCCACCCUCCACCUUCCUCCUCUUCCUCACCCUUCCUCCUCUUUCAUCCCACCCCCUCUUCCUCCUCACUCCUCCUCCACCCCCCCAGAUGGCCCCAAGGCGGAGCUGAUAUGUGGGGUGUGCCACCGCCUCUUCAGCUCCGCCUCGUCUCUCACGGCCCACAUGCGGCUGCACCGUGGCGGCCGGGCCCUCAGCUGCCAGCACUGUGGCAAAGCCUUCAUCCACAACAAGAGACUGCAGUCACACGAGGCCUCCUGCAGGCACGCUCUGACCCCGGCUAUCCCCUCUAACCUCCCCCUUCUCCCCAUCCUGCCAAAAGAGGAGCCCCUGGAGGAAGGGGAGGUUAGGGUGGAGGGUGGACAGAUUCUGGGGGCAGGCGAGGAAGAUAUGAAGCCUGGAAAAGGGAAGAAAGGGCGAGGUCUCCUGGUUCGACAUGAAGGCGACGUGUCCGAGCUGGUGGGGGACGAGGACCACUUCGUCAAGGUGGUGGACGGCCACGUCAUCUACUUCUGCUCGGUGUGCGAGCGCUCCUACAUGACCCUGUCCAGCCUCAAGCGCCACUCCAACGUGCACUCAUGGCGCCGCAAGUACCCCUGCCACUUCUGCGACAAGGUGUUCGCCCUGGCCGAGUACCGCACCAAGCACGAGGUGUGGCACACGGGCGAGCGACGCUACCAGUGCAUCUUCUGCUGGGAGGCCUUCGCCACGUACUACAACCUGAAGACCCACCAGAAGGCUUUCCACGGCAUCAGCCCGGGCCUCAUCUCCAGCGAGAAGACGGCUAACGGCGGCUACAAGCAGAAGGUCAACGCGCUCAAGUUCUACCGCCUCCUCCCCAUGCGUUCCCAGAAGAGACCCUACAAGACUUACAGUGACUCCCUGGCCAAUGGCCUGCAGCUGCCCCCUUCCGACCCCUCUUCCAUCCCUCUGCCCCUGGACUGCAGCCUGCCUGACUCCCUGGACCCCGGUGACCUGCGCAGCCUCAUCAGUGGCUCUCUACCCAAGGGUGUGAAGCCAGACCCUGAAGAGUUCCCUGCCAGCUUCCCCCUCGGAGUAGCCCUAGAGCAGGGAGAGAUCCGGCUCCCUUCCCUAACAGGCAUGGCCCUAGGGAGAGUAGCAGACAGAGAGCCAGCAUCCGAGAAGGUAGGUAGUCGUGGCAGCAUCUCCAAGGUAUCCGUUGGCAACAGAGUUAAAACUCCCAAGGUCAGCGGUAGCCCAGAGUUGGGUUUGUCCUCCGUGAUCACGUACGGACACCCCAAGCCAUCAGUCAUAGUGCACGGCACAGGAGUGUCAUCCGUCAUUGUCCAUAGCAACCAGGUCAACUCCGGGGGUGGGAAAAGCCCCCUGAGCAGUCCCUCCCCUGAAUCUAGCAACAGCCAGACACUCCUCCCCAAGAGCAGUGCAAAGCCUGUUAAAAAGCAUAGGGAGAGUACGGAGAGCCAUAGGAAGAGAGCUAAAUUAGUGGACAGUUCAGAUGCCACAGAGGAGUCGGAGAGGAGAUCAGAGACGGGUAGAUCCCAUCAUAAGUCCAGCAAGAGUGACGGCUCCUCAGCCAAACAGUCGUCAGAGGGCAAAGGAGCCGGGCCGCUGUGUCAGAUCACGGUGCGGAUAGGCGAGGAGGCCAUGGUCAAGCGCAGUAUCUCCGAGACGGACCUCAAGAGGGACAGGAGCCCCCCUCCUUCCAAAGCCAAAAGGACAUACUCCUCCCCACUGGAGACCAAGGAAUCUCGCCACUCUCACCACCACCACCACCACCAUCACCACAAACACCGCUCCCAUCGCAGCUCGAGCACCGGAGCCGAGGGGGAGAGCAGGAAGAAAAGUCCCAUAGCCCCGGGCAAGGUCAGAGAGUACUACUUCCGCCAGGAGGUGCGCAAGCAGGGGGAGAGUGAGGACGAUGAGGACAACCUCUGGAGGCCCUACUACUCCUACAAACCCAAGAGGAAGGCCCCGCACGUCCACAAAGCAAAGAACUGGCAGGCCAAACUGCACUACAAACGCUCCCUCCGGCUUAUGAAGCGGGCCGAGGGAAUCAUGGACCAUGUAAAUAAGGAGGCAGGGGAGCAAGACGAGGAGGAUGGAACGAUGGAUGAGGUGGAGGGGGAGGUGGAAGGUCACAUAGAGCAAGAGAAGGGAGAGGUACCUGAAUCCCUCAGUAUUUCCCCUAUACCUUCGAAAGACAAAGAGGGGGAGGAAGAAAUCCAGGAGGCCCACCUUAAGACCACUGAUCCUCCCCUGGCUUCCCCCCAACCCCCUCUGGCUACCUCAGUCUCCCCUAUGGACACAAAACGCCAGCCCUGGUCCGAUGGGAGCGCGUCGGAGUGCGAUACGUGUGGCCGCUGGUUCUCCAGCUCCAGGAAGCGGGAUAAACACGAGCUCAGCCACCUGCUGGAGUUUGUGUGCCUCCUUUGUAGGGCCCCUUUCCCUUCCAGGGACCAGCUGGAGGAUCACCAGAGAACUCGGCACCCCAAAGCCCCCGACCCCCUGUCCGUGCCACCCCGAGCGGGACCUCAGUCCAGAGAUGAGGGCGUGGAGAGGGAGACUAAGCUGGCAGAGGUAGACCGGGCGAGAGAGAGGGUUAUACUAGGGAAGGGAAGUCCAAGUCGCCUAAGCAGGAGGUCGUUGGCGAGACACACCUGUUCGCAGUGCCAUAAGGUAUGCAAGACAUCCUCGGCGCUAAACCGCCACGUGAGGCGCCACGAGUUAAGCAGCUCCCCAGAGAGAGAAAAGGAGGAGACCCAGCCAGAGCCAAAAGCAGCAGCAGAGACUAGCAAAGACCUCGACACCAUGAGUGGCCAUGUUCCCGUUGUUCAGUCUGUCCCAGCUAUCAGCUACCCUGUCCCAGAACCACAGCAUAGCAGCGAGGGCAUAGAGUCACAGCAGUGCGCGAGCAAGCCUAGCAAAGUGAAAGCAGAGCACCAUAUUCCAACACUGUGCAGCAGCCCUGAACUCAAUGAACUCGCCACUCCUGUUCCUGACCAAGAGCCCGGUCCACUGAUUACUCAGCCCCCUUCAGAGAUCCCCAUGGCCGAUAUCCCCGAUUCUAACAGGCCCACAUCCUCUCCCUCCUCCUGCACCUCGCCCCUCCAGGGUGUGCUGGUCAUGAGCAGUGGAGCUGAAUGUCUGGACUACCGGACCCCCAGGAAGAGGAGUCUGGAGGGGCAGAGUCACAGGAGGACCAGCCCUGCACCUGUCACGGGACCACCCACCGCUUUUCUGAACAUGCACCUGACCUCGCAGAUGAGAAUCAACCACACUGCUGCUCCUCCGUCCGUUGCUAUGACAACAGUGCCCCUCCGAGGGGUCUGUGGCGUGAAGCGGGAGGGAGAUAUUGUGGAGAAAGGACUGAGGCAGGGAUGUGGGAUGGGCCUCCUCCAUCAUGCUGGUUUUAAGGACUCACCAGUGGCCCAAGAUGUCAGGGUCCUGCCCUUGUCCAGGAGCCCCAGUCCCAACCAAGCACAAGACCUGACCAUGUCCUCAAUCCUAGCCAGGGAGGUGGAGAGGGAAAGGCAGAGAGAAUGGGAGAGGGAUAUGGAGAGAGAGCUGGAAAGGGGGAGGCAGAGAGAAAGGGAAAGGGAUAUGGACAGAGAGCUGGAAAGGGGGAGGCAGAGGGAGAGGAAUAUGGACAGAGUGCUAGAAAGGGAGAGGCGGAGAGAAAGGGAGAUGGAGAGGGUUCAGCAGACUAGGGGGGCAUCUCAACCCCCACAGGAGCAGCUCAGAGACAAGGAGGUGAUCCUCCUGGUACCCAAAGAGGAGCCAAUUAGUCCCGCACCGUCCCCUAUACACACAUCCAUUCAAACCACUAUUAACAACCGUCCCUUGCAGAGGCGGCCCACCGUGUCCCCAUGCCUCUCCCCCACUGCCAUGGACCUGCUGAUGCAGGCCAACCGCCAAGUUUCCCAGUCCAUGUGUGGCACACGGGGCCCCGAGAGGCUUCAGUUGUCCACUGGGUCAGUCGGUGGCAUCGACCGCCCCUCGGCCCACGCCCUACUGCUCCCACGGGUCCCCCCACCAUCCGAGGCAGAGCCCCAGGACCACUCCCCAGCGCCAUCCAGAGACCCUCACAGAGGGGAAGUCACUGCCAGGGGAUACCCCAUGCAGGACUACCCCCUGCCCCUCAUCGUCCAGAGCGGCUACUGCUCUGGCAAGAAGCAGGAGGACAACCUGCUCAUGUCUUACCCAACCGGGCCUCUUGCCUUCGGGUCGUUGGGGAAGAUGAUGCCUACCGGGGACCUAGCCAAACUGCCCUUCUACCCCGACCCGUACCAUCUGCUCUACGGGCCGCAGCUGCUGGCCUACCCCUACAACCUGGCCUCCCUGCCCAUGGCUCUGAACAUGAUGGCCCCUGGGGACGACAAGGUGGCGCCGCUGCCCUUCCUACCCGCCCUCUUCAACUACGCUGCUGCAGCUGGUCCCUACACUGGCAUGUUGCCACACCACCUAGUGGCCAACCCCAGCCUCUACAACAGCGGUGGCGGCAGCAGUAGAAAGCAGCGGGACAGCAGCAGCGGCGGCAAGCCGUAGAGGUUGUAGAGAGAAGUGACCCUUUUAUUGUAUUUUAAAAGUGGAUGACCAGGCCUGUGGUUGGAAGAAGGGGUGGAGUCGUCUCCUUAUGGUUACUGAGUCCACUUGCACAGUCCCCGGCCUCUCUUUUGUGAAGUAGCAGUCAGAGCCUCGGCGUUGAAUCGGCAGAGAGGAUGAAUGGGAGGAGGAUGAGUGAGGAAAGAAGGGACACAUUUCAUCAUUACAGGCGGAUAUCCUCCUCUCCUUUCCUCUGGCUUCUGUUCUCAUGUCUUCUGUCGUACUAGUUCUGCACUAGCGCUUGGAUAAUUGUCUUCUCCGACUCGUUAUGAUAUCUAUAAUAAUAACAAUAAUAAUAAUAACAGGGUGUGAAAAUGUUUCCCUCUGCUUUCCUUUACAGUGACUGCAUAAUGCUGAUCACGAAUACACCUCUCUAGGGGGACGCUUUUUAGGGAGGGAAAGGGAUCAGCUUGAAAUGGCAUCAAAUGAGUGUGUGGCGUGUGAUUGCUCAUGUGAACGUGUGCUCCGGGUGUUUGUGGGAGCUGUGCGUGACCUGUAUGUAGGAGUUAUUCAGUUGGGCACGCUGGGGUUGGCUUCUGUUCGCCUGGUGUGUCUGAAUGCGAGCGGCUGUACGGCUGCAGUCUGCCAUCUGAGCGCUGAUCAUUCCACGGGGGUUCUGUGGUGUUAACAGCAUUCCAACACGAGACUAGCCCUUUUAUAGGUCCGUGCAUAGUUCAGUAGAAGGAAUUAUUCUGUUUCCAGUUCCCAAAGUAGCAAUGCUAGCUAACCGUAUGGAUGGAGUAGAGUCUGUACUUGAGACAAAUGGCAGAACUUGUGGGCUUAUGUUACUAUAGUGGCCAGAUGAGUCUGCUUAGGGGUUCAUGUUAGGGUUUACCUUGCGCAAAACAACUGCAAAAUGUUCCUAUAAAAGGGGUGGGGGGGUGGAAGACUUGACAAGUCUUGUAGCUGAUCUGUAAAUGUACUUUAGCUGUAGCUGACCACUGGGUGAGAAACACAGGUUAGUGUAGACCACGCACCUCCUGUUCUCCUUGUACUCAUCUCAUCUCUUCCAAGGUUUGAAAAAAAACAACAUAAGAAAUAGGUUGAUCUUUUAAUCUCCGGUGGCCCUUUUCCUCCCCCUGAUGCCUCCUGGUGUCCAACAAAGACACAGUCCGUUUACUAGGCCGGUUCGAAGAGCGGGGGAGUGUAGAAGGAAAAACACAAAAGGGGUGGAAUCAGGGCAGGGCAAUUCCUGUAAUAUCUGGAAAGAGCGAGCGAGGGAGAUUUAAAAGAGAACCACAGAGGCCAGGCGCACCUAGGUCAGUACCCUCGACGGAGCUUCCGGGGUCAAAUCAAAAUGACCCCUCUUUACUGAAAGGGCAUAGAAAAGGACAACGGAAAUGGAGUCUGAUGGCGCCACAGUGGGGCCCGCUUGUGUAAAACAGCUUUUCGUGUCCCAAUAGCUCCUCUCUUCUGGGGCAGAGAAGAGAAGGGUGACGUCACCGGCCUCUUAGAGCCGGUGUUGUAGGGCCGGGCUUAGCAGCAUCCGUUGUGCGGCUCGGAGUUUCCCCAGAUGUCGUGUGGGACUUAUUCUGUCUUGUCUUUCUCUUGUACGUUACAUUUACAUGUGUUUGUCUUGUUUGACUUUUAUAUCACCUUUUGCUAGCGUGACAGAAGUGGCUUCAGCAAAUGAAAGGGGUUUUGAGUACACUUAUGAAUAUGAAUGUCAUUUUAGUCAAGAGGUUAGGUGCAUAAAGUUCGAUGGGGUUCAGUUUUUUCCGACUUCGAAAAAUAACGCGUGGAGUUGCCGUUAUGAAGUCUGGUAUGCGUAUUUACAGUAGUCCUAGGAACAUGUCAAGAAACUUAGGUUCUGUAUCCACAAAAGCAUGAGCAACACUCUCUUCAUAACCGUUUUGUAUUAUUCUCGAUAUCCAAAAUCUGUCACGUUUUCCUUCCCGUGGCUCCUCAUCCUCUAUCGUCCCCGUCCCCCCACUAUCUCAGCUCACCAUCUCUGUUUUGUCUUGGUUUUCUAUUUGUUCUGCAGUAUAACCCCAUUAAAAACAGAGCAGCUAACCACGUUUAUUUCUCACAAUCCGUAUGGGAGCUGUCCAAUUAUCCCCGUUCCUCCCCAAACGUGCACACUUUACACAGCCUUUUUUUGGAGUGUGUAUAUGGUGUCUGUGUGUGACGAAACCGCUGCACUGUUCGUUUCGGGCAGGAGGACAGAAACACCGACUGCAGGGGCUCUCGGCCUCGACUUGGUUGUGGUUACAAGCCUUCUGUGUGUAUUUCUCUGUGUGUGUGUGUGUCUCUCUAAGCGUGUGUCUGUAUGUAGCGCAGGAGGUUGGUGGCACCUUAAUUGGGGAGGACAGGCUCGUGGAAACAGCUGGUGCAGAAGAAAUGGAAUGCUAUCAAAUACAUCGAGCACGUGGGCUCCAUGUGUUUAAAGCCAUGCCAAUAGCUCCUUUCCAGCCAUUGUUAUGAGCCGUCCUGCCCUCAGCAGCCUCCACUGGUAUGUGUGUCUGUAUGGGGGGGGGACCGAAAAGCAUCUGCCUCUUAGCAGCAUAUCCCUCGAGGUACUGUAUAUGGACAGCCUGAGUUUUUUUUUCAGUGGUUUUCUUCGAGCCCACCCUCUUCCCUACCCAGCUGUAGAGACUCACCAUACUGUACCCAUCGAGGCCAUUUCACUAGAUGGACAUGUUUUUGUGUUUCGUUUAAAAAAUAAUUCUUCUCACAUAUUUUUUGCCAUCGUGGUGAUUAAUCACUGACCCAAACGCCUGCAAAUAGACAGAGUGAAUUCUGGUGACGAUAUACAUAUUUACAUUAUGUCGAGUAAGUUCAAAUGAAUUGUGCCUCCGCUUCAGUAUAUUUAAACGUAGCUGUAUUCAAAUGGUUUGGAUCUUCCAGAUUUCAGACAGGGUGCCUUUUUUCUGGCUUAAGAAAUGGAAAUGAUACAUGGGUGAAUUUAUCAAAAUGGCAAAUGACCGGGAGAAAAGUUGUGGCUUAAUGUGCUAUGAAGCUGGUCAUAGUUCUAGGGGUGUGGCUAAACUGUUUGGUAUUGUGUAUGUUUAGGUAAAUACUGUGCCAUAGUUUUUAGAGUCCACAAAUACGUUAUUGUUUUUGUUUCUUCUUCAAAUAUAUGAAAUGUUUUAAUGUUGCCUGAAAACUUUGUCUGGAUUUGACACAAAGGCUUGUAGCCACAGCUCUCCCAGAAGUCCCUUGUUUGUUUCUUUAACACUUUCCUCUUGUUCACCUCUUUCCCGCUCUUUCUCCUCGCUACAAUCAAACAAAUAAAGUAUUAACCUGAUGACCUAA